GAAGUGACGUCAACUCUUCCACGGUGGCUCCUCUUCUUACGUGGCAACGCGUCAAGCGACCGGCGAGACAGACCGAGCACAAAGAGAUAUAAUAUUAAUCAAAAUAGAUUAUUACAUUUGCUUUAUUAAGUCUUCUUCAAAAUCGUCAUGGGCCUCACGAUCUCAUCGCUUUUUGGGAGACUGUUUGGCAAGAAACAAAUGAGAAUACUGAUGGUGGGUUUGGACGCCGCAGGUAAAACCACAAUACUUUACAAACUAAAACUGGGAGAGAUCGUGACCACUAUUCCUACUAUAGGUUUUAAUGUGGAGACUGUCGAAUAUAAGAACAUCUGUUUCACUGUGUGGGAUGUUGGUGGUCAGGACAAGAUUCGUCCUCUGUGGAGACACUAUUUUCAGAACACACAGGGUCUGAUCUUUGUUGUGGACAGCAACGACAGAGAGAGAGUGGCAGAAUCUGCAGAAGAGCUUUCUAAAAUGUUGCAGGAAGAUGAACUGAGGGAUGCAGUGUUGUUGGUUUUCGCUAACAAACAGGAUCUGCCUAAUGCCAUGGCUGUCAGUGAACUCACAGACAAACUUGGACUACAGAGUCUACGCAGCAGAACGUGGUAUGUUCAAGCAACCUGCGCUACACAAGGGACCGGACUUUAUGAAGGAUUGGAUUGGUUAUCAAAUGAGCUCUCCAAGCACUAGUAUGUGUGUUGACAGUGACCAGAUGUGUGUGAACCUUAGACGACAGAGGAUAUCAGCGUGUAAACUCUGUCCUCAAGAACUUGUGUGAGUGCGUGUGUUUGGACAGACAGGUGUGGAGGAGCUAUCAAGUGUUCAGCAUCGUUUCUAAUCUUUCCUAUUAGUCUUUUUUCAAUGCUGUAUUCCUACUAAUGUUCUUUUAAUUUUUUCCUUAUGAAUCUGAUUGUUUUCUAUGACUGUAAAAUAAUGCUUAAAUUGCACGUUUCCUUGAUAACUGUGAGAGCAUUAUGGCACAAGAGAAGGGAAGUGUGGAAGUAAUUCUGGGUAGAGGGGGUCUGCAAGUGUCUAGCAGUCAUUUCUUAAGUUGUUGAAGCUGUUGUGCAUUGAAGCUCACCACAAGAUUUCUGUUGCAGUGCUGCCUAAACCGAGUCACAGGCCCCGCUGCUCAAGGAACAUUCUAUUUCACAGCAGUCUAUUUUAUUCUGGGGGUGUUUUGUACAGCUACACGUUAAUUUAUGUUGCAGAAGGCUGAUUUCAGGGACUUUGCCACCAACAGAUUAUUUGAGAUGUUUGGAACAAAAUGGUACAUGAAGUAUUAACAGCAAUAUGUUGUCAUCCAUGGUAGAAUUAAUAACAUGAUCUUACUUCCUGUCCUGUUAUCUUCAUUGUUCAAUAUGUAAGUGUAUGUCAAGGCCCUGCAUGUUAUGGACUGGAGAGGGGUGAAUUGUUUUUAAAUCCCAGAGUUCUGGACAACCCAGCUUCAUGUUUCUUUUUUUUACACAUGUCUGAAGAUGCAUGUUGGCACCUUUGUCAAGGUGCAUUGGAAAAGAACUUUAAAUGGACACUCCAAUACAUCAAAAAAGCCCUUUUUUUCUCUGAUUAAGGGGAGAGGGCUGUUCUGAGACACUUCCUCAUUCUGGCGUAUGCCCUGCCCUUGCUCGAACUACCACAAGAUCCAACCCUGUGAGAAUAAAGAUCUGAUAAAAACAAAAUGUAUACCUUGGGUUGAUAUUUAUUUAUUUGUAUGGGUUUUUAUUAAUUGAUGUACUCUGACAACAAAAAUGAGUUGCCUUUCUAAUGGGGUUUUCAUUCCUUAGAAUCAUAUUAAUAGGCUGUAUUGUUGCUUGUUGCAGGGACACUCAGUCCUGCUGUUAAGAGAUUUGACUUUCUGUUUAGUUUGUUCCAACCACACUUUAACCCACCUGUUGGUAAUCUUGAGGUUAGGUUAACUCUUGGGUUGUGAUUAGAUCAGGGUUUGGGUGUAUGUUGCCAGGAAGAGAUCCGCACUUCUGACAUGCGUAUAGGUUUACAUGGAGUUAAAUGCAAAUAGCAUCUGCUUCAAAUCUCAAAUCAAUGUCAAUCCUCUUGUACUGCCGAUUUUGUAAAGAGUUCAGGACUUAAAUGUCAUAAUUCUAUUUCCCCUCUGAAAUAAAAUGUUAAAGGACUCAUACAGA